CAGUGUUAGUCCCCUUAUAUAAAUGUAUCAAAGAAUAGCAACACAAUCAAAUUAAUCGUUGCUCCUAUCUUUUCCUACCAAUUAACUAGAAAUCAGUUAUAUAACUCUCCAUCAAAACCCUCUCUAGCAAUGGCUCCUCAGAACCAACAGCCUCGGCGAACGCAACCGCAACCGUUGCCAGGUAGGGGUUUGAACCCCGUCCUAUGCAUCAUUGUCGCCCUCGUCCUCUUAGGUCUCCUUGUGGGUCUCGCUAUAUUGAUCACAUACCUCACCCUCAGGCCAAAGACACUCGUCUAUACUGUAGAAGCAGCGUCGGUCCAAGAUUUUGCCAUAGCCAAGGAUGAUCACAUUAGCGCCAAAUUCAACUAUGUGAUCAAAUCAUACAACCCGGAGAAACAUGUCUCCGUGAGAUAUCACUCCAUGCGCAUCUCCACGGCUCACCAUAACCAGUCCGUGGCUCACAAGGAGAUCUCUGCCUUCAAGCAGCGUCCUAAGAACGAAACAAGAAUUGAGACGCAGCUUGUGUCGCACAACGUGGCAUUGUCUAAGUUUAAUGCUAAGGACUUGAGAGCUGAAACGACCAAAGGGGUGAUCGAAAUGGAAGUGUAUAUAACGGCUAGAGUGAGCUACAAGACGUGGAUUUUUCGGUCGAGGAGACGUACGUUGAAAGGUGUAUGUACGCCGAUAAUGAUCAACGUUACGGCGAACUCGUUGGAUGGAUUCCAGAGAGUUUUAUGCAAAACUCGUCUUUAGUUUGGAUUAUUUAUCGAAUUGAAUUGGUUCUAUUUGUGUGCAUUAUACGUGUAUUAAAUUAAUUUGCUAUGUGUCCUUAAUUGAUUGUGUGGAUGUGUAUGUGUGUAUUUCUUUUGAAGUUCUUCUUUGUUUUUUUUGGUUCUUUUGUAUGCAUUCAUUUAUCUGUCUUUAUCUUUCA